CAGAAUUGAAGAAGCAAAAAGCUUUUCAUUAUUCGUUUGUGUGAGGAUGUCGUCUUCGUGGGAGAUUCAACUAAUGGAAACAGCUAAGGAGGAACUUGAGAUUCUUCAGGCUCAAUAUCCCAACCGCUUCGCCUACCUCAAGUCCGACCUUCAGUCUUUCAUCUCUAACCUCCGUGAAGACCACGCGCCUCCGUCACGUGCCUCCUCCUCCCCCCUCGUCCUCACUCAAGAGUCAUCAAACUGUAAGAAUAAGCAGAAACACAAGAAGAGAAAGUACACAAAUGAAUUAUUUGGAGAUCAAGCAUCGUCAUCAACGGGAAAGAUCCACAAGAACAAUAAUCAUAAGAUGGCUCAGAGAGUGGUCACAAAGAGAAAAACUAGAGUUGAAAUGGUUCUUGAAAGGGCUCAACUUUGUCUCCAGAAGAUAAGAGACGUGAAAGCCUCUUUGUGUUAGACUUUUAUUUAACAACUUUUUCUUCUUCUUGGGGGUUGAAAUGUAAGAAUGAUGUUAUGCGGUCCAAGAAAAUGUUUAACAAGCAUUGAAAAUUCAAUGUUUCUAAGAACAUCGGUUUAAA